AUGUAUUAUUUAAUGAAAAGUUAAUAAAAUGUACAACCGUCAGUAAUACUCCAGGAGGUGAUACAACUAGAGUUACUGGUGAAGGUUCAUCUUCACAUGCCAGUUCACCUCAAGUAUCAAAUACAGGUGGAACUUCAAAUGCAAAUCAAAAUUCUAAUAUUGCAUCAGGAAGUGCCCCUACUGUUGGUACACAAAAUCCUGGUUCCACAGAAGAUGUAACUUCUUCAUCUCAAAACGACGAAGUACCUAGUGCCAAAAUACCUGAUUUAGUAAAACCUGAAAAUAAUAAAGCUAUAGUUUCUGCUAUGUUAAAAAAUUAUAAUGGAGUAAAAGUUACUGGAACAUGUGGUGCAGAUUUCGGUUUAUUUUUAGUACCUCAUAUUUAUGUUCAUGUUAAAUCACAAGAUACUGAAAUUGAAUUAUCAUCAGAAUUAGCACCACCAGAAAUGGCAACAAAAUUUGAUAAGACUAAAUUGAAAAAUGAUUGUCAGAAAGAUGUUACAAAAAAAUUUAAAUUCGUAGCAUAUAUUAAUAAGGAUGUCUUAGUUUUUAAAUGGAAAGUAUACACAGAAGGAACAAACAAGGAACAAAAUGUGGAUGUAAUGAAGUACCUAUUACCAAAUUUAAAACAACCAAUAACAUCCAUUCAAGUACAUAGCUGGACAGGAAAUAAAGAUUCUUAUAUACUUGAAAGUAAAGAUUAUGUCUUAGGAGAUGGAAUGCCUGAAAAAUGUGAUGCUAUAGCUACCGAUUGUUUCUUAAGUGGAUUUACUGAUAUCGGCAAAUGCUUCCAAUGUAAAUUGUUAAUGCAAGAAAAAAAUACAAAUGAUUCUUGUUUCAAAUACGUUUCAGAAAAUCAAAAAGAAUUAAUAAAUCACCAAUUAGAAGUCAAAGGACAAGAUGAUGAAGAAUCUAGUGAAUAUCAAUUAAGAGAAUCAGUAAGGAACAUAUUAAAAAAUAUGUACAAAAAGAAUGAUGACAAUAAAAAAAAAGAAUUAUUAGAUUUUGAAAAUGUGAAUAAUGAUUUAAAAUCUGAAUUAUUAAAUUAUUGUAAUUUAUUAAAAGAACUAGAUAUGAAUAAUCUUUUGAAAGAUCAUGAAUUAGGAAAUGAAGAAGAUAUAUUUAAUAACUUAACAAAAUUGUUAGAGGAACAUAAAGAAGAAAAUGAUAAUGUACUUUCUCAUAAAAUGAAGAAUGAAGCAUUGUGUUUAAAAAAUAUAAAUGAUUGGAUGAAAAAUAAAACAGGAUUAGUAUUACCACAAUUAACAUAUGAUUUAACAGAUGAGAACAAUGAUUUUACCGAGCUCACACAAAAUAAAAAUUAUACUUCUGAAAAUAUUGUAGAUAAAUUAUAUUGUAAUAAUGAAUAUUGUAAUAGAUUAAAAGAUCAUAAUAAUUGUGUAUCCAAAAUAAAUGUAGAAGAUCAAAAGAAUUGUGCCUUAUCAUGGGCUUUUGCAUCUAAAUAUCAUUUAGAAACUAUUAAAUGUAUGAAAGGAUAUGAACCUGUAAAUACAUCUGCUUUAUAUGUCGCAAACUGUGGUAAAAAUGAAAAUAAAGAUGUAUGCACUGAAGGAUCGAAUCCAUUAGUAUUCUUACAAACUGUUGAAGAAAAGGGAUUCUUACCAACAGAAUUAAAUUAUCCAUAUGAUGAAUCUAAAGUCGGAGAUGCUUGUCCAGAAGUACAAAAUGACUGGGAUAAUGCAUUUGAAAAUGCUAAAGUAUUAGAUUAUAACAAUGAACCAUUUUCUUUAGGCACCAAAGGAUAUACUGCAUAUGAAAGUGAACAUUUUAAAAAUAAUAUGGAUACAUUUGUUAAGUUAAUAAAAGACGAAAUAAAGAAUAAAGGUUCAGUUAUUGCUUAUGUAAAGGCUGAAAAUGUCUUAGGAUAUGAAUUAAACGGAAAGAAAGUACAAAAAUUAUGUGGUGAUAAAACACCUGAUCAUGCAGUUAAUAUUGUUGGUUAUGGUAAUUAUAUAAAUGAUGAAGAUGAGAAAAAAUCUUAUUGGCUUGUAAGAAAUAGUUGGGGUAAAUAUUGGGGAGAUGAUGGUUACUUUAAAGUUGAUAUGUAUGGACCAUCAAAUUGUGAAAAUAAUUUCAUCCACAGUGUAGUAGUAUUCAAUGUUGAAGUACCUGUAAAUGAAAACUUCGAUAAAAAAGAAAACGAUAAAUUUAAGUAUUAUUUGAAGAACUCUCCAGAUUUUUACCACAACAUUUAUUAUAAAAAUUAUAAUUUAGAAAAACAUGUAUCACCAAUGAAUACAUGGGGUAAGGGAUUACAUAAUAAAUUAAAUAAUGAUAAUUUGGUUUUUGGACAAGAAUCGACAGGUCCUACUGUAGGACAAUCCCCCGCAUCUGAAGCAGGAAAUCUACGUGGAGAUGCAAGUGGAAAUUCACAGGAAGAUCAAGGUCAGAGUUCGAGAACAAGUGGAUCUGGAGAUUCAAGUGAACGUUCACAUGUAAGUACAGAUGUGAAUCCAGGUGGAAGUCCAAGUGUAGAUAGAAGUCCAAGUGAAGGUUCAGGUGGAAGUUCAAGUGUUAAUUCAAGUGAACAAUCUGCAACACAAAGAGGAUCUGAAGGCGGGAAUGCAUCAUUACCUUCAUCAUCUCAAGAAGGAACAAACACAUCACCUUCUGCAGUGGAUACAAGUACUCCACCAAGUGUACCAACAUCAGCAGAUGCACCUUCACAACCUUCUGCAGUGAAUACAAGUACUCCACCAAGUGUACCAACAUCAGCAGCUGCACCUUUACAACCUUCUGCAGUACCAAAUGCUGAGGAAACAAGUACCUCUUCUCCAAGAAAUGAACAAACACCACCAGUUGUACCCCCUCAGACUGCAGUAAAUAGUAAAAAAGCUCAAAUAUUCCAUGUUUUAAAACAUAUUAAAGAUAGCAAAAUAAAGAUGGGCUUAGUUAAAUAUGAGAAUUCUGACAAUAUUGGUGCUGAUCACGUAUGUUCUAGAACUACUGCUGUAAAUCCAGAAAAACAAGAAGAAUGUGUGAAAUUUUGUGAUGAUAAUUGGGAUAAAUGUAAAGAUAAGCCUUCCCCAGGAUAUUGUCUAACUAAAUUAAAAGAAACAAAUGAAUGUUUCUUCUGUUAUGUAUAA